AUGCGCCGCGUCGAGUCCUCGUCCAGCGAAGACUCUAUGCCUCUGCAGAUGGUAAAGGCGCGCAGCCCCACACAACAGCACCCGCCAACCCUGCCCUUCACCACGUCGAAUCCCAACUCGAGCACCGCGAGCCUGCAGAACUUCUCCCGACCUACGCCCAGCCCACUCUCCUCCGCCGCGGCUCAGCAGCAGCAGCAGCAGCGUAACCCCUCGCCCCUCAGCAUAAGACCAGGUGGGCACUCCCGCAAACUGUCCCAGACCGCCGGCGUCUUCGAGCCCACCCUCCCCUCCAUCUCGACUUCGAACCUCUCGACACACAUCAGCAUGUCCCAGCAGCAGAAACAGCAGUCGCCGCGUGAGCUCUCGGCCAGCCACAUUGCGGCCCAGGCCGCCGUCCUGAACCACCAGCAGCAGUCGCAGCAGAUGCUCCAGCACUCGCGACAACGCUCCCAGACCGCGCCCAUGCUCACUGAGCACCAGGAGAACCCGCAGCCGCUGAAGCGCAUCAGUGGGCCCUUGAACCCCCCGGCGCUGAGCCUGACGGAAGCGAGCGCGCCGAGAGAGACAGGCUUUGGGGGUCAGUCCUACCACAACGGCCUGCUGGGGAGCAACGCCGCCGCGACGGCUGCCAACGCCGCAUUUCCUCGGUCGGGCCAGACGUCGCCCGUGGCUCAGGUACCACCUAUACAACCUAUGCCCCCACCACCGCCUCCAUCGCCAGAGAAGAAGCCCGAGAAGUCUUCCAAGGUGAAGCUGUUUUCUCGGCCAGGCAAGAUUGGCGUCAAGGGAGAGGCCAAGGACAGACCACUGCCGAGCCCAAGUAAGAUCGGCUCAGCGCUGUCUGCCCUCCAGAGGGGAAACUUCAGCACGACGAGUCUGGACACGACUUCACAGUACUUCUACAACAUGAAUAACGGCUCAUCGGCGACCAUAAGACCUGCAGACGUGGAAAAAGAGGGGAAGGAGAAGAAGCAUCACUUCCUGUCGAGACAGAGGCACAAGACCAAGGACAAGGAUGACUACCACUCCCAGCUGUCGUCUGCUGCGAGCAACUCCCGACCCACAGACCCGAGCGCGCCCAGCAGCCUUUACAACUUCAACCUCCCAUCGAGUCCAGGCCCUAACUCGAGCACGUUUAAGAAUAUCAGUGGGCUCGGACACGCAGGCCGAGCGCGCAAGAAGGACGAGAGCCAGACCCUCAACGAGUCCGUCAGUAGUGUGAACGACUGGGGCGGGCCUGGCAGCCUGGGCUCGGCCGGUAUACCGCUGUAUAUGGAGCCUAUCGACUCUGCCAAGUACGGUCUCAACAGCAUGUCGAUGGACGACGCCUUCCCCUAUCUCAAGUCUAAACUCCUGGUCAUCUUCGAAGGGGAAGACCUGAGGCUACCCGUUGAGGACUUCAACCGGAUAGUGACGCUGCACCUGCAGUACUGUAUACAGCGCAGAUCGCCCAAUCAGGUGGUGGAUGACCUCCGGGACCUGCUAUGGACUGGCUUCUCGAGUCUUGACCACAACCUGCGCAAACACUCGGAGGACCGGCUUGUCCCUAAUCUGGUCGACCUCUGGAUCCAUGUCUUCACGGGCGUGCUGCCAUACAUGCAAGCAGUCUUCCUGCCGCUGGAUCUCGAGUUCAACGGGAAUGGCACCCUCAUGACGCCUGAUCAGGCGAGAGAGUUCUGGGGCGGUGUGGUGACCAACCCGCCAUCAGAUACAGCAACCGGCACCGUCAGUGUAGCCCCAGCAUCGGCCGUGUUAGAAGUCCGCCGUAUCGUGCUUACCGCCUACCGGGACGUGGUCAUCCUGCCUCGCUACGAGAAGCUCAAGGCUAUCUUCUCCCGCCUAUCUCUCGAGUUUCUCCCCAUGGCACUCGCCAGCCCUCUCCCCAUCGACUACUUGUCCACGUCGCCAAGUGCCGAGUCUGCCGCCAGCUUCUCCUUCCCGCCGCCGCCGCUACAGCGUCCCGGCACAGCCGCGUCUCUUGACCCGUCGACGGCGAGCUACAACUCGACGUCCACGACGCUGCUAGGCGACAUGGCAGGUGGGCGCAGCCGUGGGCUGAGCAAUGUGUCCUUUGCUAGCAGCGGCGCGCACAGCACAGGGACGGACUCGCUGCGCCCGCCCAAGCUCGCCUCGGCGGCCAACAGCAGCACCAUGCUGGCCUCUGUCUCGGCGUCCCUCGCGGGCUCGAGCCUGCGGGAGCAGAAUGUCGAGGACUCCAAGUACGUCACGGACAUGGUGGGCCGCAUGCUGCAGUGCAUGAGCGUGCUGGCCGGGGCGACGGGGAGCGGGGGCGGCGACGACGGCACGCGGAUGGUGGAGGAGCUGAGCCGGCUGCUGAAGCUCAACUGGCUCGGGCGGGGCAGGACGGGCCGGAACAGGCGGGGGAUCGUGGGCGGGCGCGUUGCGAGACGGGAGGGGGAAUGGGAUUGGUGA